UCUAACGCUAGCUCUAAGGAAGCCCAUAUCAAGAUAAACUGAGGCAUCUCACUACCCUUUCCCGUCAAUCUCUCGAAUGUCCGGCAGUUUGGCCUCUCUCCAUUGUCGACUGCAGUAGCUCAUCGCAAAUCUAUCUCUGCCGACUUUCACUCCUUCCGAUGCUUCAAUUUUUCUGCCGGUCUCUAAACAAACCAUGCAACCGGGUGAUUUCGAUAUUUUAAACUUGUUCUGUAUGGCUAGCAUCUUGAGUUUUAAUCAUUGAAACCAGACGCCGGUGGCUGAGUAGCAAGCCGCAGAUUCACAUACCUCAGUAGACAGUAGCAGUCUAGCAGAGUAGCACUUUAGCAGACUAGCAAGUGGCCACCAGCAGGAUCCUCACUUUUAGUUGGCUGUUUUAAAGAAGAAAUACAGAGUCAGGAUAGUUGCUGGCUGAUGUGUAAAGCACCAAGCCACCAACUACCUAGCAGUGAAAAAAUAUAUUUCGAGUCUAGAAGAGGAUGAACAUCAACAACAAAGACGAACCCAACACUGCCCCAAAACAUGAUCAGUGGUACAAUUUGAAGCUAGGCUCUACAUUCAAAGAAGAACAUCCUUCCUCCAAGUUCUGUACAUUACGCUAUGAGUUUAAACCUGCUUCAAUUGAUAAAAGCCAGCCAGGAAAGUUGCACAAAACCAAGGAUAAUAGGGUAACAGUUGAGUUUCAGAACAGUCAGCCAGGGAAGCCCAAGGUAAACUUUGAGGGUAGUAGCGAGGACUAUAAAGAAAAUGAUGCUGUUCUAUUCUUUGAUGGUGUGACCUUCCGUUUGGAGAGACUGCACCGGGCAGUCAAGCGAUUGAAACACGUUCGGCUCCCUGGGGAAUCUGCUUCGGCGUCUGGUUCUUUGCCUAUAGUUGCUGAGUCAUGUUCUCCACCUGUUGUUAAAGCACCUACAUUCCAGUCUCAGAAUAGUGUUGUUCGUGCACUACCAAUUGACGUUGAAAGAAUUGAAAUUGGCGACAUCAAAAGCUCAGACAUGAGACUUAAGAGCGAGAAAGUUGCUGAUAAUCCAUCUUCACAAGGCAACCAACCAAACUUGUCACAUGGCCAACCAUCUCCACUGGCCAACCAGCCAAACAUGUCUCCUGAGACGAAGAGCGAUGACUUGGAUGAACAGCUAGAUAUAAUGAACGAUGAUGACGUGGAGGGAGAUAUGGCAGCCAAUGGGGGAGGAGGGGACAUAAUAGUGGAAGAAAUUGAUAUUAAUAAACCACAUCAAAACAAUGUAGAUAAUGAAGAAUUUGCUGAUGUGGAUGGAAGUGAUGAAGAGGAUAAUGGACGCACUGCUGCUCAAGAAGACCUCAGAGUACAACAAACUAAUGGAGCAGGCGGCGGCAGCGAACAUCGCACUUCAAGCUCCAGCAGUAGCAGUGGUAGUGAUAGCAGUGGGAGUAGUUCGAGCAGCAGCAGCAGCAGUAGUAGAAGCGGGAGUGACAGUGGUAGUAGCAGUAGUGACGCUGACAGUUCUGGUGGUGAAGCGGUCAUUUCUAUCUAAGAUUUUUUACUCUCGGGGAUGUUUAAACAAAUUCGUGACAAUGUGCUUUUGAGCAACAUAUUUAUUACCCAAUAUAUUUAAAAGACCCUAAGAGCCGGCUACAUAAACUCGAGCUGAAGUGGCUUUACGCUCAUGGAUUGCCUCUUCAAUGACCCAGAACUGGCUGGUUCGGAGACUUAUCAAACCGGGCUGAAAUAGGGGUGAGUCUGCUCAUAGUGCAUAUUUGGUAGUCAUAAGUUCCUUACUUCUAUUUCUUGUAUUAUUUUAAAAAAUCCUAAAAGUGGUACGUAUGUUUGGUGCAAUACCUUUCCAAGAGUUUUAAAAAAAAAUCGUUUUUUAGAAGCUGCGCUGAGUAGGUUUUGAAAGAAAAAAUGUAGCGUUUAGCAUCAAUCAAUUAGAUAAAAGAUGUUAUGUACUUACGUCAAACAUGUGAAAUUGAGCAAUUAGCUUUUAUUCAAGUGAAGAUUGGAGAGAUGUAUAUGCGGGCAGUUGAC